GUAUCUCUCUCAGGUGACUCACCUGGCUAAUGUCGUCGACUGCUCCGGUUUUUGUCUGACUUCAAGCAGGUCACUUGUGUGGAUUUUAUCUCUUUUUUUAAAAUUCUAUAAUGCGCGUAUUGAUAAGCGUGCGCCAUGGCGCGUGUGCGCUCCAGCUCCAGCUCGCGCUCCUGCUCCUGCUGGGCUCCAUCCAGGCUCAGGAGUCCCCGGAGGACUGCAUGGCCCGCUUCAGGCCGGGCAGGGAGGACUUUGUGCUGGACGCGGACGAGUCCGUGAAGGACGGGGCCACCUUCCUGUCGUCGCCACGGCUGGAGCGCUACAGAGACUGCAUAGGCGCGUGCUGCAAGGACCAGAAGUGCAACGUCGCCUUCAUGGAGAGGGGCGCAGAGGAAGGCUCGAUCCGCUCCUGCUUUCUCUUCAACUGCCUGUACAAGCAGAAGCCGGCCUGCCGCUUCGUCAGGAAGAAAGGAUACCUGAACUACAUGCUGGAUUCGGUGUACGACUUCUACCUGGACGUGGAAGACCCCAAACCUGAAUCUGACCGUCCGCCAGUGGCCAACGGCGGCCCGGACCGGGUGGUCCAGCCGCAGGAGACUUUCACUCUGAAUGGCGUUCAGAGCAAAGAUGACCAGGAGAUCACCUCCUACCAGUGGCAGAUGCUCACCGACUAUCCCUACGCUGUAAUUGAGAAAACCACAUAUGACGACCAGAUUAUAGUUCACAAUCUGACGUCUGGGGUCUACCAGUUCCAGCUGACGGUCACCGACUCCAGCGGCCAGUCGGACUCAGCCCAGGUUAAAGUGCUGGUCCUCACUCCCGAGCAGUCUGAACACCACUGCAUGGCUCCGAAGAAGAUCGGGCCGUGCCGCGGCUCGUUCCCUCGCUGGCAUUACAACGGCGCCUCGGAGAAGUGCGAGGAGUUCAUGUUUGGAGGCUGCAAAGAGAACCUCAACAACUAUCUGACCAAGGACGAGUGCGACAACGCCUGCUCUGGCUCCGAAAAACCUGAGAAAUCGGGCCGAGGCCUGCCGAUCCCCCAUGAGCAAGGAGAGAAGUGCGGCGCCCCGUGCACGGCCGAUCAGUUCACCUGCAGUAAUGGCUGCUGCCUGGAUCCCGGCCUGGAGUGUGACUCCACCCCGCAGUGCAGCGACGGCUCGGAUGAAGAGAAAUGCCAAGACUUGAACGACAAGUUUCGCCUCCUGCUGCAGAUUCCAGUGGAUGAACAGAAAGUGCGCUGCACCGAGGUUCCCGACACAGGGAACUGCAGGGACAGUCAAACCAAGUGGUAUUACAACCCGGUCGAGCAGACCUGCAUGCGCUUCAACUACGGCGGCUGCCAGGGGAAUGAGAAUCGAUUCGAAAACCAAAAUUCCUGUAUGAGAGUUUGUCGUGGCGUCACAGAAAAGGACGUCUUUGCGAGAAGAGAGGAGUUUGAACGCAGGGAGUCAGAAAGCCAGACAGGCAUCAUUGCGGUCGCCGCCGUCCUGGGCCUGGCCAUCCUGAUCCUCCUGGGUCUGCUGAUCUACUGCUUCAUGAAAGGGAAGAAGUCCACACAGCACCACCGCGUGCCCGUUUCCACCGCCCCCGUGAUGACCGCCGACAGAGAUUAUCUGGUCUACAACAGCACCACCAAGCCCAUCUGACCGGCCCGGCCCCGAGUCCCUGAACUGUCCCUGAACCAUCCUGCAGCGUCGCUCCAGCUGCACGGCGCCCCGAUUAAGCCCAGACUGACCAGAGAAGAAACGAAGUCUGCUGACGACGUUUGAUCCUGACGGAGCUCUCUUUGUAUCAUUGUGUGUAGACGGAUGUGUUUUUUAAGGGCGGUGUACACAGAAGACGGAAAUGUCUUCAACGAUAAAAUGUGAUGUCUAAUUUGAAUUUAAGCUUCUUUUAAUUAUAUAUAAAUAUACAGUGGGCCUGUUGAGACCGUGUUGGCUUCAGUGUAUACUCAGGUUAAAAGGGAAGGAUUUGUUCGUGUGGAGGUCGUCUCAACACAGUGACCCUGUUAAAACUUCCUGCUAGUUUUAGAUUUUACAAAUGUGAGUGAACACACAGUUUUGGAAAAAGCUGUUUUUAAUUAUUGUCCUCCUUCUUGCAACUGAUUUCUGAAAGAUUUUGUAGAUACGUUAUGACAACACCCUGAUGGCCCACCAUGCUAACCUCCUCUCUCCUUCAGUUUUUACCUUUUACUUUUUUUUUUUUUACCCAAUAUUGUUACAAACUCCACUUGAUGGCACAAACAUUACAUCAUGUUGUACAUAAUCUUAGAAUUUCAGAAAGUAAUAUUCUACUUGAAGAUUAUUUUAUAGGUGAUUUUUUUUUUAUUAAAAGUGAUAUAUGUGCAUAGAUAAAAGAUACUUAUUCACACCUUUUUGAAUGACUGUUGCUGUUGAAUAUUCAACAUUUUAAACGUAUGAAAUGUUUCCGUGAUGAUAUAGGUUUCAUUAGCCUUCGCAGUAUCAGGAUGUGACGUGUUGAUAUUAAAUAAAAAAUGCUCCCA